UCCUUGGGUGUCUCUUCCCUCAAUACCAACCAUACAAGUCAAGCUCCUUCCUUCCUGCUUCUUUCCUUUUUUCUUCUCAGAACCUUCCUUUUCCCUCCAACAUUUAUCCUUCUUGGUAGUUUCCUUCUCUGUGUUUGCGCAAGCCCUAUAAAUCAGGAGGAAUUUUUGAAGGUAGAAUACAACUCUUUUUAGCUUUUCAGCUUAAACUGCUACUUAAUAUAGAGAAAUAUGAACGAAGAGGGGGCAAUUCUGAGGCAAACUAGCAUUAGACCUGCGCGUGACGAGCAUCCUGUAACAAUGAGGCAAAACAGCAUUAGAUCUCGUUCCAGUGAUGCUGUAAUAGGCCAUUCAGGUGCUUCCUCUGCCCAGAUUCCGGAGGCAAAUGAUCAUUACGUCCAAUACAUCAGGGGAUUCACUGAUUUGGCUGCCGCAUUUAAUUGGGGUGUCGUAGUGCUGACCCUUGGAAGUUAUGGACUGGUGCUGUCUGACCCUGUAUUUUGGCUGUGCUGGAGUAUCCUUGUCACAGAGGCUGUUAUUUUUUACUCCGUACGACCUUACUGGAACUGGAUUGAAAAUUCCACACGAACAACAGAUGAAUCGCAGGACACUAAAAAGCCUCAUCGACCCUCUGAUCAUGAAAGAGCGGGAGCAGUCUUUCUCAAGGUGGGCAUGAGCAUUGCCCUCAUUACCCUGCUUUUAUAUAGUCAGGACAUUGCACAAAGGCAAACAAAAAUAAUCUUGGUUGUUUCACUCUCAAUUAUUUUAUUCGAAGGGUUUGCUCCCAUUUUAAUAGCAAAAGAGGAGAUGAGGAGUUUGAUGAGGAACCCAUCGGCCAAGCGUAAAGAGAUGAUGCGCAGUAUUACAGAGGGUCAUAAUUGGAAUGCUUCAAGUUUUUUAACUCCGUCUGUAAUAAAUGCAAUGAUUUGUGUGACAGGAGCAACUGUCCUGGGAGGGAACUUGGGUAGUCUAAUGCCUGAGAAACCCUACUGGAUUUUCAUUUCUAUAAUUGUGGUAGAUCUCAUGGCAGAGGCUAUUCAUAGAUUUGAUUGUGGAAAGCGGUCUCUAUUUGCUAUACCGGAGGAUUUGCCAAAAAUACACUAUCUUGCUAUCAUAUUACGACUGAUCAUUGAAGGGUUUCUGUGUUACUGGAUGACCAAAGAGAUCUGUCAAGAUUCCUAUUUUCCUUCAAAUGUGGACAUUAAUGCCUGUGACGGGCAGUGCCAAGAGAGAAGCAAGCAACUGCUGAUCACGAUGGUAGCUCUGGGAGGCCUCCAAGCGGCAGGGACUUUCACCAUUCCUUUAUGUUCUUGCGUUCUCGGUCCUCAUUUUCUUCCCUCCAUUCUUUUGUCUGCUAUUGUCUUCAUUGGUUAUCUGUUCAUGUGCGGAUUGAAGUGGUUAUGUUACAAGAUUUUAGGUUAUUGGUAAAGUCAAAGGGUAAAUUUAUCAGAAAUCAACUGUAGAGGUUAGACAUUUUUUAAGCAAUGAAACUGAACCUUAUGUUGGGUUUAAUAGGAGGUAGUAAUUGAUACAUCUAAAAUCAGGGGUGUUACUAAAUUUGACAUUAUAAAAUGUUAGAUCUUGAACGUUUGUGGA